UGUAUUUUAUUAAACACGGAGCAUAUUGACAUGCGUCUUCACUGAAUCAUGUCUGUGCUAAAUCUGAUCUGUGCACAAUGCUAACCAUUCAUUAAUAAGGAACGCUACUGACACCUUGUGGUAGGAGGUAGAAUUACACAUAUCAUGAUAUCCCCCUUUCUUUAAAGUAGAUACUCACCAAAUUAAAUGCAUUACAGGUGUCAGGUUUUUUUUAACCAUUUACCUUAGAUAACUUUUCAUUUAACUUGCAUAACUCAUCUUACUAUUGGUAGUAGCAGCUCAUAACUCAUUUCUCAGUACUCAGCUACUGUAAAUCACAAUGGCAAAUUACUGUGACUAACUUGAGCAUUAAUGUAACCAUAACACACAACAUAUAACAAAGCUCAUUAACUUUUUUUUUUACAGGUCAAGUCUCAUUAAAUCUCUUUUUUACAGGUCAAGUCUUUCAGGUUUCUUGAUUGUUCUUGUGGAUCUUCUUGUUGCCGUUUCACCUGUAAUAAAUGCAUUGGUUAGAUUUUCAGUGUGUGUAUGUGUAGAGUUGGACUCAGACUCAGCUUGUGCUUGACUGAGCUCUUGGUCUGGAACAGUCUCUGGUGUCGUUGGUGUCUUCAGGAGACUGCGCCGAUUUCGUCUGAUGAUCUGUCCUUCUGGCGUUCUCACGGUGUAGGAUUGUGGAGUGACCUCUUGAACAGUGGCUUUCGUCGUCCAUCCUUCAGGACUUUCAAUCCUGACUGCGUCAUCCCUGGACAGUGGUUGGAGGUGUUGUUCGGAGCUUUCUUUUCAUCAGCAGCUCAGCAGGUGACAGCCCGCACUCCAGAGGUGAUGCUCUGUAGCUCAGUAGAGCCAGUUAGCAUGCAGAAUGACUAUCAGCAAGCACAGGCCAGCUGGAUGCAGCACAUCGUCACCUCGCUGUUCACCAACUCCGCCCUGUUUAACACACGUGACGGCAGAGCGGGGAAAGUGCACAACUUCAUGCUGGGUCUUAACUUGAACAUGAGCAUCUCUUUCUCACCCUUCAGAGAUGUCCUGAACCAAAAUGGUCCUGUGGAGGAGGUAGAUGCUGUAACAGUCCAGUCUAGUGUGUUGUUUGAUGGCUCUCCCGGACCUGGUUCUGGGAGUGGAAACCUCUGGAGCGGGAACAGGAGACCCCAAAGCAGGUGGUGUGCGACCCUGCUCUAGGACCGGCAGUGGCUCCUGUAGCUGCUGUCCAGCCUCAUCCUGUGAUGGAGACUGGAGUGGUAUCAGCUGCAGGCGGUUGCGUCUUACCACCCCAUGUGACGCAUCCACAAGCAUGCUGCGGUCGGGCAGUGCAGGGCGUAGCUCAGAGGGAUGAGUUGGCACCGUGGUGUGGAGACGUCGACCCAUGAGUAACUGGGCCGGGCUGUAUCCAUUCUGAAGAGGUGUGGCCCUGUAUGCAAGAAGAGCCAUGUACGGUUUGCUAAAGAUCACAUGGACCAGAAGGCUAUUGGAAAAAUGUUUUGUGGACAGAUGAGACCAAAAUAGAACUUUUUGGUUUAAAUGAGAUGCGUAUCUGUGAAACAUGGUGGUGGUAGUAUCAUGUUUUAGGCCUGUUUUGCUGCAUCUGGGCCAGGACGGCUUGCCAUUAUUGAUGGAACAAUGAAUUCUGAAUUAUACCAGCGAAUUCUAAAGGAAAAUGUCAGGACAUCUGUCCAUGAACUGAAUCUCAAGAGAAGGUGGGUCAUGCAGCAAGACAAUGACCCUAAGCACACAAGUCAUUCUACCAAAGAAUGGUUAAAGAAGAAUAAAGUUAAUGUUUUGGAAUGGCCAAGUCAAAGUCCUGACCUUAAUUCAAUCGAAAUGUUGUGGAAGGACCUGAAGCGAGCAGUUCAUAUGAGGAAACCCACCAACAUCCCAGAGUUGAAGCUGUUCUGUACGGAGGAAUGGGCUAAAAUUCCUCCAAGCUGGUGUGCAGGACUGAUCAACAGUUACUGGAGUUAUUGCUGCACAAUGGAGUCACACCAGAUACUGAAAGCAAAGGUUCACAUACUUUUGCCACUCACAGAUAUGCAAUAUUGGAUCAUUUUCCUCAAUAAAUAAAUGACCAAGUAUAA